UGAUGAAUAUAAAGGACCAGAUCUUGAAAUCUCCAACAUUGCUUUACAGACAUCGGUAAAAUGAACACUAUAACAUUCAUAGGGCUAAUAUGCAUUUGUCUAACAUACAUCCGGGCAAUGCCGGCACCGGGGGACGUUGCACAAGCAAAGCCAGACAUAGCUGCAGAAGUUUUACAACCUGAAGAAUCAAGAUGGCGUCACCGAGGCAGAGGAUGGGGUAAUCAAGGUUGGGGUCGUGGAGGAGGUUACGGUUCCGGCGCAGGUUGGGGAGGCGGCUACGGCGGAGGCGGAGGUUUCGGCGGAGGUGGUGGAUACGGUGGAGGUGGAGGUUUCGGCGGAGGACGUGGUUUCGGCGGCGGAGGAGGUUACGGCGGCGGAGGAGGUUACGGUGGAGGUGGAGGUUAUGGCGGAGGCGGAGGUUACGGCGGCGGCGGAGGCUACGGAGGAGGAUGGGGAAGAUAACAUGGCAUCCCUGUGAUGGAACUUGGUUUUGAUUUAUAAUAAAAAGUUUCCGGUUUGAACAUUUUAAUGGACUACAUGUUCUAGCAAAAUAAGAGAAAUUUUACAUGUCAUAUAUUAUGAAUAAUAGAUAAAUGUUGUUACGUUAAAAAAUACUUAAGAAAAGCUCCAUAACCUGUGAGUAGACAUGAGAAAGAUUACAAAUAAUUUACACUAUUAUUAGUUUAAAAAUGUGUUUUAAAUAAACAUAAACUGGCCAGUAAA